GGCACAAACAACAAUCCGCUACAGGGGUACGACCAAUGUGCUCCCAUUCCACCCAGCUAUCUUGCCCUUUCUCAAAAGGGCACGGUUGGACCCGAUUAGGCAUUUUAACGACAUCAAAGUUUAUCGCCAACUCAUCACCGCAUUAGUUGAGAGAUGGAGAAAGGAGACCCAUUGUUUCAACUUUAGAGAAGGAGAGGCCACCAUCACGCUAAAGGAUGUCGCCAUCCUAACCCAUCUGCCCAUCGACGGCAAACCGGUGUGCGUGAGUGAUCAUCCCCCGAGGAUUGUGACGGUAUGCCCGGUUGGGUUCAUUUCAUCUACAGUGCUUUGGGAGUCAAAGUACCAGUGAAGGGGUGCGUUGAUGCGACCGAUCGCAUGGCACCAAUGAGGAAACACCAAGUCUCAAUUACUUGGUUGACGAAGUAUUUUAGAGACCAUUACGAGAGUCAUCUCCUAACCGAGGAAAGUCCAGAGGAUGAGAAGGAGAGAUAUGCUCGCUAUAUAAUUCACCUCCAUGAUGGAUACCAGAUGUUUGACCGUGUCCAGAAUGACCUCCAACGCCAACCAAUGUAGUCAAAAUCCCGAUUUUAAUCUUAAAAUCUUACGAUUUUACGAUCUUACCUAUGGGUUCCGAUCCUGAUUUUACUGUAAAAUCUUUGAACUUUAAAAUCCCAUAAAAUCCCGAUUUAAAACUCUAAAAUCCAUAAAAUCUAUGAUUUCUAUGAUUUUGUACGCUUUCAAGGUUCAUAUCAAUUAGAUCAAAAUUAGGCCGGUUAAGUUGGGUUAUGCCCAUGAACCGAGUCAAAUUUACUUUCCCCAACCCAACAUAAUGAACAACACAACCCCAACCUAAUAGUUAACCCUCAAUUUAUUUUCAUUCUCUUCCUCGUAUCUUCCUCUUUCGCAUGUCGGCGCCCAACUCCUUCCAUCAACGAUAUCUUCCACCCUCCCAAUUAGCUUGUAGUUUGUUCCCGCCACCCUCACAAUAAUCCAAAUCUCCAUUACAUUGCAAGCUUUUGUUCAUCUCCCAAUCCUUCAGCACCACUAACCCGACCUUUUAUCAAUUAAGAAGGGAAUACAUCAAUCAAUGAGUUAUCUUUUCCAGAUGAUGGUAAUCAAGGAAAUAUGGUUAAUGGUGAAAGUACUUCAAGUGAUCAUAAGAGUAAUGAUAUUAGUCCUUAAACAAAUAAAAACGAUAAGAGUGAGGGUGAGGUUGAGGAUGAUGACGAUGAUGUGUAAGUGAUGUUAAUGUUGAUCGUAACGAUCUUAUGUGAUUUUCUACUCUUAACAAUUAAUUAACAGUGAUAUCUAUAAUGUUUCAGGUUUCUUAUUUGUGCGUUUCUAUUAUGUACAAGAAAAAAUAUAUAAAUUAGUUGUGUUUGUUUAGCAAACAAACUUAUCUUGGGAAGUAAUUAUGCUUUAUGUGGUUGAUUGUUAUUCAAGAUAUGCAAUUUUUUUACGAUCUAGUGUUUUAAGUAUUUAUUUUAAUAUGAAUCUUAAAAUCUUACGAUUUUACGAUUUUAAUAUACGAUUUCGAUUCUACCUCAGUUUUUUAUUUUACUUAAAAUCUAGAUUUUGACUGCAUUGACGCCAACGACCGGCUCGGUGUAAACGAACAUCUCGGCUUUGGAAAGAUUGUUGGACCUUAUGAAUUCGAGCAUGGCGUCUACCUCAUCCUGAGUGGUUAUGUGAUAUUCCUCAUGUCACAAUGACCCACUUUCUCUGUUUGGAUAUCGGUACACCGUACACCAUACGAUCAACUCUUCUCGUGUCAUCCAUGCAAGUAACGUUAGUGCACAUUUGAUGGAGGUCUUCAAGCAGUGGUCUGGUAGCGACAUUUAUCUUCUGAAAAUUGCCACCUACGUAGGUGACCCCCUUUCCGGUCUCUUCCGUGUAACUAUUCCACCGUAAGCCAAGCGUGAACUUUUGGAAUGCCAUCUGCGAUAAAACCGUAGUUCAGUUAAUAUCAUAAAAAUAAAAAAUAAUAAUAAAAAGUAAUACUAAAUAAACUUACGAGUUAACGUUAAUCGCAAAACUACUAAAGAAAUAUAGAGCUACAACAGAAAAUUUAAAAGGGAGAAGGAGAGGUGUGAAGAGAAGUGGUUGUCCGGGAGGCCUUUUAUAGGCAAAAUCACUGAUGAAAACCGCACCUUAGAGGUGCGGUUUUCGUCUACCAUGCAGGCCCAUGCAGACCCACGUCUGUUACGUCUGCAUGGUAUGUCGGAAAUUGAUUGACCAAAACCGCACCUUCAAGGUGCGGUUUGUAUGGCAAAAUCGCACCAUGAGGGUGCGGUUUUUUUUGGGAGAAACAAACCGCACCUUCAUGAUGCGGUUUUAAUAGGUCAGGCCAAAACCGCACCUCGGCCAAGCGGUUUCUGUAGGUCAGACCUAAAACCGCUUGGCCAAAAUGCGGUUUUGGUCCAGAAAUAGGGAACGCACCUUAGAGGUGCGGUCUAUUAAAAAGGGUGCUAUUAUUGUAAUUUUUUUCGGAUGGGUGCUAUUUUUACAAAUUUUUUUUAAAGGUGCUAUUUCUGAAAAAAUCCCAAAAUAAUCGUAAAAAGGUUGU